CGUCGGUUUAAUUACAGAUAAGAACUAAAGAUUGAGUAGCAGUAGUUUGAUUAUGCUGUCAAAGAAGAUAUAAAUGUUUUUUUUUAUAAAGUAUACGUAUAUGAAUAUUAGUUUAUGUUAUAUAUUUUAGUCAAGGAAUAGAAAGCGCAUCCCACGUUUGUGAAAACCUCGAAACAUUCAAUUUUUAUAGUUUCGUAUAAAAAAUUCGAUAUUAUUUUCUACAUUAUUUAGAUAAAAUUGAGAGUACUUUGCAUAUUAUAAUAUAUAUUUAUAUUCGUUAUCAUGGCUGUAUGUGUGGCUGUUAUUGGAAAAGAUAAUUCUCCCAAAUAUAUCAAAUGUGCAGAUGAGGCUCUUGCCUUGCAAUUUCAUUACAAAGUGCAUACAUCUAUUGAUAUUAUAGAAGAGAAAUUGAAUAUAGGAAACAAAACAGCUGUUGAUAUUCGUGAUUUGUAUUUAGGUUUAUUACUUACAACAGAGGAGUUUAAAAUCUACGGUUAUGCAACGAAUACAAAAAUUAAAUUUGUAAUAGUAUUACAAUCAUCUAAUAUAUCAUUCCGAGAUAAUGAAGUAAAGACGAUAUUUAAAAAAUUGCAUACUGCCUAUUCCAAUGCGGUUUGUAAUCCAUUUUAUGUACCAGGUAGCUCGAUUAAAUCAAAGUCAUUCGAUUCAUCUGUGACAGAGAUAAUGGGAAUUAUAUAAACAUAUAUAUUCUUCUACUGAAAUAUUAGCAAUAUUAUUAAAUCAUUCUUUAACUCUUUUAACUAUAAAUACAAUAUAUGUUCAAAAGCAAAGAAGAAAUAUCAUGAAACAACAUUAAUAUGUUUUAUUUUCAUUAAGCAGCGAAUUUUUUAUUCGUAAAUUCAAUUGAACUGCAUCAUACAUAAAUUAACGAAUAUUUUUUUUUUAUAUUUGACAUGAAUCAUUACGAGAAUAAUACAUUAAAGUUGCUUACUCAAUGUUGCUACUUCGAAUACAUUUUUUAUUUGUAAAAAAUUAACUAUGACAUUAUAACAUAUUUUUAUUGUACAAUAUAUUAUUAUAUCCAGAAAUGCAACAUUAAGUAAACAAUCAUUUAAAUGAUAACAAAAAUAAUGUGUAGUACAUACACUGUUGUACGUACAUUCUAUUAUCAUCAUCAUCAUCAUCAUCAUAUUAAACAUCGUAUAACAUUAUAUAAAAUAUUUCUAUAAAAAUAUAACUGUAUUUCAAUUAGAAAGUUAAAGCUUAUUGCCAUCAUUGUUUUACAUCAUCAAAAUUAUAACUGAAAUAGCAUAAAAUAAUUUAAGUUAAAGAUUAAUAGUAACAUUUUGUUUACUAAUUAGUGUCAAUUUAAGUUAAAUAUUGAAGUAGAUUAUUAUUCUUACAUACAAUGGAUUUUGUUGUUUUUCUCAGUAUGACGUCUAUAAUUAAUACAUAAAAUCAAUUAUCAGUUAUAUUUGUGAUCAAUAUAUAAAAAAUGUAUCAAACAACAGUAUAAAAAUAAAAGUAAAAUAUCUAUGUGACAUUUUUUAUGUAAUUGAUAUAAUAAUUCAUUAUUACUUUGCUAUUACAAUGUAAGAAGCAUCGAUGAUUGUUCUUUACGUUGUAAAAAUGAUGUUCUUGACAAUAGAAUUUGAUUUUUGUCGAAUAAUAAA